UGUAUUUGCUGUAAUUAAGUUCCGGAGCUAAUGUCGCAAACACAACGAGUUACGUUUUGCAAGAAAACUAAACUAGAAAUUUCGAUAUAAACCGGCAAGGAAGCGUUCUAAUCGAUUUUGUUUUGCUGAACCAAAACUUCUCAGGUUCGUAGGCGAGAGUUCGAGUAAGAUAAGCUGAGUUUUGGCCUAGUUGAUCAAGCGUGGCUUAAGUUGGUUAUGCAUAUUAUAAAAGAAGGUUCCUUUUUCAGCUUUUUGAAAACAUUCGCGAUGAACUGCGAUGAACUUUGCUACCCGUUGGCUUUUUGCAGGCCACAUCAUUGUGAAUCAUAAUGGGAUCUAAAUUACUUGUUUGAGUUUUAUCACAUCUCCGUAGAAACAAACAAGAACUUGAACUUAGAAGAUUGCAACCAAAUUCCUAUAUUGGAGUUGUUGAUCACUUGUUACUAUGAGCACUUGUUGCUUUACGAUUUCAAUGGAUGCCUUCAGUUCUUGAGAGUAACGGAUAUUGAUGGUUAGGUGACCCGCCAAACAUUUAUCUAACCCGUUAAUUCAGUCACAACUCUAAUACCAAAAACCUAACCGGUACAAAAAAGUCUGUUGUUCAUGAUGUUUUUUUUUUUCGUUUGUUUUUUCACAUGUCGUUUCACGCCGCUUAUUUUGAUCAUUCUGGGUUUGUUAGCCAGGCAAAAAAAAAAAAAAAAUGAUAAUAAUAAAUAAAUAAAUAAAUAAAUACUUAGCCGUGGUAAUGGGAAUUUCCCGCUUUGUAGUUGAAAUUCACAUGUUCAGCUCAAAGUGACUUAUAAAUAGUAUGCUAACUAACUGCGAAAUGUUCCGUCGCUUUUAAAUUUAUCAACCUUCGGCCGAGUCUAAUUCCAUCCAUAGCAUUCAUAAAGUUAACUUGCUGAAUAUCUAUUAAUAACCUUACCCCUAACCCUAACCCAAAGAAUGUAUAAACCUAGAAACUAAUAUUACGUCUGAACUUGAUUAAAAUGAUAUUUCUCCGUAUUCAGACACAAAUUAAAAUCUAGUGAUUCGGAGGGCUCGAGCUUCACUACUUUCUAACAGCUUUAAUUUCGUUAGCAAGUAUUCAGUGUAUGCAUAAAUUUUUAACUUUGCAUAAUACAAUCUAAUGUUUUUUUUUCCGCGCUCGCUGCAAUUAAUCUAAAACCCAGUCGACUUAUGCCACGUGCAAUUUAUGCUUACUGUUUUCUCGAAUCUCAAUGAAAGAAUACGAACACUAGCUUCUCUAAAGAUGUCAUAUUGGAUCCAAACGUAAUCACCGUGGUUUUAUUAUGUGACGCUCUAAACCACGCCUCACUGAACUUAGUUAAGUGUGUUCUUGACGAGCUAGAGAUAUUUUGCCUCAAGCGAUCACUGAACCUUAACCUUGAAAAAAGGCUUUCAUCAAUGUUUAUAAUUUGAGAACUGAGAAGUUUAUGAUCAGUAUACCGCGGCAAUAUUCAUAUCUCUUUUCUGCACCCAAUCCUAAGUCUAUUUCUUUUUCGUGUUGUAACAAUUUCAAGGUGAUUGAACGGUCCUAUAUAACAAGGCCUAGGAGAAUGAAGUAUUUAUGAAGAAAGUCAGCAGAUUCUAUGCUAGAGGAUAAAUAAAAAGCUUAAAAAAAUCCGCUGGCAUAACUUGUUUCGAAACUCCUUAAACGACGAUUAUUUUCGACGUAUAUAUUGCUGCCACCCCAACCUGUAAAUAGUUUGUAAAUAUUAUCAUCGAAUUCGUUUAGUACUAAGCCAGAUAUGAAAACUUAGCCAGAUAAUUAAAUAACAAUAAAAAGAAAUUUGGAAAUCAAAUCCAAGCAGAGCAUACAACACAUCCCUCACGGCAUGCUAAGCUGAUUUUACGAUUCUCUUGAUCACGUAUACUCCCAAGGCAGAGGGAUCGAUUUUGAAACUCACAUUAAUCAUGGUAGCUCGCUUUACAUGCAGGCUUUUCCCGCAGUUCGUCCUAAACUUCUAGGAAAAAGCAAUUCUAACAAGCAAGUCAAGGCUCGUUUUCCACCGCUCACUUGUGUCCGGUUUUGGGGGAGCGGGAGUUUCUUUCUCGAACUGCGGCUGAUAAUCUAGCCUACCUCCUGCCCCAAAAUAAAAUGCUCCUCUUCUUCAUCCAGCAGCUUAGUCCAGUCCCUGAACUCUCUCUUCCCUGCUUCAUAUAGGAAUAGGGUUAAAAUCCCUAUAUAAAGUGUUGAGGGACUGAACAACCGAUGGUUCACCGCAUUGUCACAAUAUUAAGCUGUAUAACAGUCACCGUAGGUCAUCUAAGUGAAACCUUCUUCGAGCAAGAAGAGGCGCUGGAGACAUGACACGCAUCUUGAGAUUUUUUCUCGUCCUGCUGUUUGGAUCAGUCCAAGAUGGUGCUUCUGCUCAAGAUCUGGGGACUUAUUCCUCGUGUUUCUCAGAGCACAUGCUGGUAGAAGUGGACCUCACCCAAAAUCCCGUUCUUGUUCCCAGUGAAAUACAUCUUAACGACAUCAACUGCAGAGCAACUGGGAUCAACGCCACGUUUGCCUCGUUUAAAAUACCGCUCAGUGGCUGUGGAACGAUUCGAGAUGGAUCAGACCCUCAUGUUUUGGUUUUCUCCAAUACUGUGCGCUGGUCUCCGCAGCAACAACCUGGCCAAAUCCAGACCCGUAUAUACGGGUUCCGGUCCCGUAUUAUCUGUAGGUACGCUCGCAAUGGUACUGUAAGCGUUUCAAUAGAACCUGUUCAAGGGAUUUCAGUCGAUCAAACAGUUUAUGGAACAUUUUCAUUUUCAUUUGAAAUAUUCCAAGAAGCCAACAGGCAAAAUAAGCGAGACCUCGAUGUCCUGGUGCUUCCUGGUACUCCUCUGUACUUCAGAGUUCGGGUAAUAUCACCUGACUCAGACCUGGUUCUGCAUCUCAGUAGAUGCUGGGCUAGAAACAGCGACGGAGAUGGUCCACCUGCCUUCAUUGAAAAAGGAUGCAAUAGUGAAACUGAUGACACCCUGGUUUAUCAAUGUGAUGCGACUUCAUCAAUUCAAGACUUCCACCUCAACGCCUUUCGGAUACUCAAUUCUUCCAACAAUCUGGUCUUUUUCUUAUGUGACGUCAUAGUUUGCCUGAACAACGGGAACAGUUCCAUUUGCGAAGAUCGCUGCAACAAUUGUACCGCGCCGGGCGCGGGAGGGAAUGGAAGAAAGAGAAGGUCGUUGGGGGAGAAUGGGUACGACUUAGGCUCUAACACAUACUCUCUCGCUGUUGGUCCCUUUUCAGUCAAAGAACAAGAAGAUGGAGAAGAUCUAAAAAAUCAAGGAGACGUUGACGAAACGGGAAAUCAGCUUUCCCUGACUAUGGUGAUAAUCCUGUGCGUAGCGUCACUUGUGGCUGUUGCUAUGAUCUGCGGGACUAUUGUAGUUGUGGUUAUGUACAAGCGAUGGUCAGCGAAACACGAGGCCCGGACCACAGAGAGCAUAAUACCACCGGCGACUAGAGCCAAGAAACCUAAGGUCCUUAAAUUAUAAGUACAAGCGAAAGCUGUCCCCGCUUAGUAUACACCAAGCCAUAUUUUUGGGUCGGUUUGUGACGCGUGGCAAAACUGCUCACAUAUUUACUCGUGUUUAUUAACCUGUAUUUUAAACAUUUUAGCUUGUUUACACAAGCCGCUGUUUUGGCUGACGCUACGAGCUUGAUUAAGCUUGUGUAAUUUAAGUUAUUUUAGCUUGUAUCUCAACUUUUUAAUUUUGUUUUUAACUUGUUUUUAUGCCUGUAUUCGCAACUUUUUGGAGUUUGUUUUUUACUUCACUAAUUUGGCCCGGGAGUAUAUCUGCUCUUGUUUUAGCCCGUUUUAACUUUUUGUAGGUUGCACGACCUUUUUUGAUCAACUGAUCACAGAGCAGAGUGAAGACAAGCUAAAGAUUUACAGAAAGAUUUUUCCCAACAUACGAUUUAAAUUUUUCCACCAAUGCAAGUUGCCUGUCAAUGUCUUGCGACUCCGCAGGAACAUCACUGGUAUCUGCUUUUGCGUAACGGCUAAAUAUAGAAACAGCUUAGAAAUUCAAGGCUAACUAAAUCAUAACUCAUAUAGAAUUUCAGUAAAAGUGGCAGAAAACCACUAACAUAUAAGGCUAAUAACUGCUUGAACAGUUUGUAGUCAGUUUGGUUCUGUGUUGGUUGUUCGAAUUCACUUCCCCAGGCCAAAUAUCUUACCUCUACUCUCUGGACAUACAUGACAAAAAUGAGUAGUGAAGGAGCAACAAAAUCACUCUCGAACACCCAGUUUGGACUUUCAUUGUGUCCUUGUAUUGUAAGAAUUGGUUUUUUUGUCUAUACUUUAAGUAAAGCGGUUUUUAAAAAUUAAACUGAUUGCACAGUUUCGUAACCAAAGCUAUAUCCCGUUCAACACAAAGUUUUUUAUUUGAAGGUUUGUCUUUUUGACCCACGGGUUGUUCCCUAAGUCAGGCCUCAUUGUGAGUGUCGGGGAAACUUGUUCAAAUAUCCCCUUUAAAUCCAUUCCAAAUAGUGGCAAAUACCCUACCCCCAACCGAAUGAUGUCAAAUUCCCGCUCCCCGGGCCACAUCAUCUAGUCCGUGGCCCGGGGUACGCCCGGUGAGGAUGUUAAUAUCUGUGAUAAUAACGCAUUAAUCGACACGUAACGAAAGACGUUUGUACUUAAAAUCAAAAGGCGAAACCAUGUUAAGCACCACCUCGUUAUGCAUUCGGAUCACUUUUUUUAGAGAAUCAGUGAAGCACUGAACCAGAACUUGUAGAGAGGCAGGGACAACACUCGGACCGGGUCAACUCGGCUUGCUGAUUUAAAUGAAAUUGAGCCCAGGCAGUGCGCGACGGAAACAGUAUUUUUCGUGGGAAAUGCUGUUUUUAAUAUUAUAAGGGAAAGGGUUGACUCACUUAAGGGUAUAAUACAUAUGGAGGCUCCUGUUUGUACCUUGUAGUGUUCAUUAAUUUCUUUUCGCGUCACUGUCGUGGAGGGAAGUAGAGACUGCAUGUAACAUUCAAAAUUUGACUGUCAUUUGACAAAGUUAAAGGGACUUCCAGUUGGGAAACAUUGCAAAACAGCUGAAGUUUGGGAUAUUGGGAUGUUUGGCCAAGCUAAAACCAUUUCCAAUAUUUUUUUCAGUGUUUGUGCGUUGAGGGAAAGGGCAAUCAACUAAUAUAUUAUAUUCAGUGAAUUUCUGGAAUCUAAAAUACUGGUUGAAAAACAGAAAAGUUCUAAUAUUUUUCAACCUAGCAUAUACACUAUCGUUCACACAGGGACAAAUAUGGCUUUCCUUAUACUUUGUGGGCUGUUUAAGGCCUGCAUGGUAUUGGGGUAUGGCCUUCGCAGCUAAUACUUGGUUCAUCAAACAAGCCUUCUCUCAUAACGCGAUGACCUAACGACCUUGUAACGCCUGCACAGGGAGACUACCUGAGGUACAAAUGGAUAUAACCAGCAAGUCUUGCAGGACAUUAAAAUUAAUUCAAGUUUAAUGAAUUGACUGAUUUCCUUACUGACACAUGUCUUAUGUCUUCCCAUGCAGUAAUGAGGGUUAAAAGGAAAGCCUAUCACCCAGAAAUUAUGAUACAAGACAGAAAAA